AUGGCGAAGGGCGGCGGUGGCAGCGGGCUGAUCUGGGCCACGGCGGAGGAUCUGGCGCGGAACAGGCCGGUGGUUCUGUCGCUGUACCGGCAGAUCCUGCGGGCGCUCAACUCGCCGGAGCUACCGCUGGGGCACGCGGCGCGGCUGGCCAAGAAGGCGGAGUGCCGGGCCAUCUUCAUCUUCGGCGCCGAGGAGAGGUCGCUCCACAACAUCCGUGACCUCGUCGAGGCUGCGCGACACACGCUUGGACUGCUCAACCGUGGCCGCGUCCCGUAG